AGUCAUCCGAUUGCUGCGUUUUUCUUUCUUGCUUUUCGUCUUGGAGCCAUUCUGAUGUACUUGCUUGGCUCCUUCUUCACAGAUAACUUUACGCUCGUUUUUGUGGUCACCAUUCUAUUGCUUGCAUUCGACUUUUGGACCGUGAAAAACGUCUCUGGCAGAUUGUUAGUGGGCCUUCGUUGGUGGAAUGAGAUUCAGGAAGACGGUUCGAAUAAAUGGGUCUUUGAGAGCGCUCACCCAGAUCGUCAAGGCAACAGCGCUGACGCUCGAUUAUUUUGGUGGGUGCUUUAUGCCACACCGGUGCUGUGGAUUCUGCUGGCUCUCACUUGUAUUUUCACCCUCAAAGGCUCGUGGCUGGUGAUUGUCGUGAUUGCCAUCAUCUUAAAUGUCGCCAACGUCUAUGGAUACACUCAAUGCGAUAAG